AUGUCGACGCCAACCAACUCCAACAGCGCCGGCAAAGCGCGCGCUAUCCCCUCGCCUCGUCACCGGGCCACAGACGAUACGUCGGCGUCUACUCCCAUUCGCUCGCCCGCGCGAGCGUUCGGCGAUGGGUUUGGCCAUGCGUCUCCCGCCUUGCCCAACAUUCCUCCACGCAUCGGCUCGCCCUCAGCGGAGCCAUUGAACCUCGCUUCGACCUCGCCGCAGCAGCAGCGACAGGACUCGGGCAACUUUGGCCGCUCUUUCAACAGAACCAUGUCGAUCGAUCCGCCUUCUCGUGACAGCGCCUCCUUGGCUCCCCCGUCCUUGAACUCGGGCCUCUCGACGCCGAGCAACCUUGACAACCUCGAUUCCAUGCCCUUCUCGGACGAGCGCAAAGCACGCAUCAUCGAACGACACCUGGCUCGACCUGAUGCCAAUCGCGAUUCGGUCUCGAUUCCUUCUUCCGAACAUACCGACGAGAGCUACACCAGCGAAGACGCGCACGGCUCUUCUACCCCUCACCAGGGAGCAGUCGCCGAUGGCAAUGGCGAAUCGCCCUCCGAGAUUGCCAUCGAAGGAGUAGACGAGAGCUACAUUGGCCCACACCAGAUGCAAGGCGGUGCCAUCACCGACGAUGUUUACCGCUGGGCCCACAAGAACCGUAGAGUGUCCGCUAGACGCACUCGCAGCGAGAGUCUCCACAUGCCUCGCACUGCCACCAUCGACCCCGAACUCGACGUGCAAGGCAUCAAGGAGCCAGGAGGAUUCCGACGGUUCUUCGUCGUCAACCGUGCCGAGGAGCAGGGCCGACCUGCUCCCCGAGCGCUUCGCAGUUUCAUCGAUUUCCUCAGCUUGUACGGUCACUUCGCCGGAGAGUUCCUCGAGGAAGACGAUGAUGACGAUGACGACGAAGACGACGACUACGAUGAUGAUGAUGACGACGACUCGCGCGCGAUCCCCGGUACUAGUCGCGGCGCUGGCAAUGGCGACACCGAAAACUCUGGCUUGCUCCGUCGACGCAGAGGUCUCCAGCGAAACGACACUCAAGCGCGCAUGCGCAAGGCUAGCAAGGAGCGUCGCCGUGGUGAGGCCACGGUGCUUGACGCCGUCAUGAUGCUGCUCAAGUCGUUUGUCGGCACCGGUGUGCUCUUCCUCGGCAAGGCCUUCUUCAACGGUGGUCUGCUCUUCUCGACCAUCACGCUCUGCUCGGUGGCCAUCAUCUCGCUCGUCUCAUUCCUGCUGCUUGUCAAGACCAACCUCAACUGCCCCGGCUCGUUCGGUGACAUGGGUGGCAUCCUCUACGGUCCGCGUAUGCGUCUUGCCAUCCUCGCCUCUAUCGUCCUGUCCCAGCUUGGCUUCGUUGCCGCCUACACUGUGUUUGUUGCGCAGAACAUGCAGGCGUUCGUGCUGGCUGUGACGCAGUGCAAGACGUUGGUCCCUGUAUGGGCGCUCAUCUUGGGUCAGAUGGCCGUCUUCCUGCCGCUCUCGCUCAUCCGACGAAUUGCCAAGCUCUCGACGACGGCUCUCAUCGCCGAUGUCUUCAUCCUGUUCGGCAUCGUCUACCUCUUCCAAUACGAGAUCGCCAAGGUGGCCAAGGAGGGCAUGGCGGACGUGGUCAUGUUCAACAGCAAGGACUUCCCGCUGUUCAUCGGCACGGCCGUCUUCACCUUCGAGGGUAUCGGUCUGGUCAUCCCGAUCACCGAGUCGAUGAAGGAGCCCGAGAAGUUCCCUCGUGCGCUGACGGGUGUCAUGGCGUUCGUCAUGGUGCUCUUCGCCUCCGCCGGCGCGCUGUCCUACAUGGCGUUCGGCUCCGAGAUCCAGACCGUGGUCAUCACCAACCUGCCGCAAACGUCGCGCUUCGUUCAAGCCAUGCAGUUCCUCUACAGCAUCGCCAUCCUCCUCUCGACACCCCUGCAGCUCUUCCCGGCGCUCGCCGUGCUCGAAAAGGGCAUCUUCAACAAGAAGUCCGGCAAGUACAACUGGAAGGUCAAGACCGAGAAGAAUCUCUUCCGGUUCCUCGUCGUGGCCGUUUCCUGCCUGGCUGCGUGGGCGGGCGCCAACGACCUGGACAAGUUUGUUUCGCUCAUCGGAUCGGUCGCCUGCGUUCCUCUUUGCUUUAUUUACCCGCCGCUGCUGCAUUUGAAGGCCAACGCGACCAGGACUGCGACCAAGGCGCUCAACUACGCCAUGCUCUUCUUCGGCAUCGUCUGCGUGGUGUUUGCUGGAAGUCAGACGAUCAAGGCGAUGCUGGAGAGCUCUAAACCGAGCGGCCCGCCCAAGUGCUCGCCGCGAUAG